AUGGAGCCAGUCCUGUCCCCAGACCAACCGCCUACUGCUAAUGCAGAUAUGGAUUCAGAGGAUGAACUGCUUGACUAUAGCACGGUGUCCUGGUCUUCUCACCGUGACCCUCUUAAGCCCUGUUUGGUAGACACCCCAAGGAAGCUGACAGACGGCUUUCCCGAGGCACGCGUCGACGCCCCAUCCAGAGACUCAGUCCCAUCCGAGCACUCGAUGCCAAAAGAGUGGGAGGGUCCCGGGACCAUCGCCCAUCUCACUAAAAACUCAAUGAGGAGGUUCCUGAACCUGCCUCCAGAAGCCCACCGGCGCCUCCAGCGUGCCAGUGCCCAACUGGCUGCUGAAUAUAUGCUUGUCAGAGGCGCAGCAGAAAUAGUUAGCCAGUCAUCCGGCCACCAGCAGCAUGGCCAUGGCCAUCAGCCGCCAUUCAACAUCCAACCCGAUUCCGCGGUGCAUCAAUAUGAACUAGCUCGUUUCGAGCUUGACCGUCAAGCCGGUCUUGUUCCCAAGGCUAAACCAGUGCCUGCUGGGCCGACAAGGAUCAAACCAGAGAUCCGGACUCACGAAAUGGCUGAAUAUCCGUACCUGCAUCAAAUUGUCUCUGAUAUACCAUCCUGGGUCAUCUCUCGCAACAGACUUGAGCAAAUGGAGGAGUUACGUGUCAUGCUGUGCAGCUGGACACUCGAUGCUGUCAUCGACAAGCUGAGACCAAACUCGCAAGACUCCCAGAGCGGGCCUGUCUCGAUUGCCCUGCAGUGCUUCGGCAGCUAUCGUUCGGGUUAUGCCCUUGCUGAAUCCGAAAUGGAUCUUAUUGUCAUCGCGGAGAACUUGCCUGCUUAUAUCAAGCAGGAUCUGCCCCUUAUCAUGGCUCAGGCAUUUCAGGCCCAUGGCCUUGCACCCUAUCUUCUACCUAGCAUCGAGAAUGACCGUUCCAUGUUUCUCCGUGUCUGCCAAAGCCCAUCCAAGCAGUUCAACCAGAGGCUUGAAUGGGAGUACCAGGACCUGGGAAAGGCCAAGGAGUUGAAGGCAUUCGCCAUCUCACCUCUUGCCUGCUGCCAUAAAACAACCCCAGCACUACAUUACAAUAUCUACUUUGAUCGGAUAGAGACACUGGCACAUCGAACCGAUCUUCUAAGAGGCUACAGGGCCUGUGACGACCGCGUCCACCAAAUGACACUGGUAGUGAAGCGAUGGGCAAAAGCACGCGGAAUCAAUAACCCGUACAAUGGAACCUUGUCUUCAUACGGAUACACUCUCAUGGUGCUUCACUAUCUGAUGAAUAUCGCGUACCCGCCCGUCAUCCCAAACCUACAUAACUAUGCAUUACCAGAGGGUGCUACGGAGCACGAUACCUUCUUCACGCGCAAUCCUAGAUUGAUCUCACGAGAAGCUGCAAAGGGCAAACUUACAACCAACAGUCAAUCAACUGCCUCCCUUCUCCAUGGUUUUUUCGCCUACUACUGCUCGGUCUACUAUGACCCCAUCCUGUUUCCACGACGCAAAAUUGGGCCAUGGUUCCAUUGGAAAGAAGAGGUGGCUUCUAUCCGCGGGCCGUGCACUAAGGUAUCAAAGGGAUGGGUAACUUACUGCUACGACGCGAACGGCACUUUGCAUAAUAACCUACUUGCCAUUGAGGAUCCCAUUAAGCGAGACAUUAAUGUUGCGGAUACAGUGACGCCGACCGGAGUGUCUUUGAUACGAGACGAGUUUACACGAGCAUUCCACAUUAUCUCGAUGGCCAGACCAGUGCCAGGCACAGAUUUGGUGUGGCAGACGAAGGAUGGGGAAAGAUGCGAGGAUCUCUUUGAUGAGCCAACUGCCCGGAUGAAGCUUUGA